CAAAUUUGUUUUUUUUUUUCAAUCUUCACGCAAAAGGAAUAAUAAAAUUUUCUCUGACGGUUUCAAGCUCUCAUCGGAACCCUAGAUCUGUUACUUUUUCCGAUUUUAAUUUCGCUGUUUUUCCGAUUCAGAUCUGAGUGUGAAUUUUUAUCAGAUUCUGAUUUCAUAAUUUGAUGUCGAAACCUUGGGGUGGGAUUGGAAUUGGGGCUUGGGCUGAUGAAGCAGAGCGCGCCGAUGAAGAACAAGCGGCGGAAGCUGCUUCUGCAACGGCGGAUACACAGAGUUUUCCUAGCCUGAGAGAAGCUGCUGCGGCGACUGCGACUAAUGCUAAGUCUAGGAAGAUGAAGAAAAUGAGUUUAUCUGAGUUCGGUGGUUACACAGCACCUGGAGGUAGGAACUCUGUUGGAUUGACUCACCAAGAGAUUCUUCAAUUACCCACUGGUCCGAGGCAACGCUCUGAGGAUGAAAUGCAACCUGGUCGUUUAGGUGGUGGGUUCUCUUCUUAUGGUGGUGGUCGUUCUAGUGGUGGAGGUUCUGGGAGAAUGGGGAGAGAUCGUGAUGAUUCUGAUGGCUCUUGGGGUGGUGGUGGAAGGAGACCUUACGGUGGUGGAUUUGAUGAUGAUAGGAGAGGGAAUCAGUCUAGGGUUUCGGAUUUUCCUCAACCUUCUAGGGCUGAUGAGGUUGAUGAUUGGGGGAAAGCCAAGAAACCGCUUCCUUCUUUUGAUCAAGGACGACAAGGUCGUUACGGUGGUGGUUUCGGAGGCGGCGGAGGAGAUGGUGGGUUAUCUGGAAGAGCUGAUGGUGUUGAUAAUUGGGGUGCAGGGAAAAAGCAAGCAGCACCGGUUAGAUCAUCUACAUUUGGGUCGAGUUUUGGUGAUUCAGGCCGUGAAUCUGACCGUUGGUCCAGAGGAGAAGUAGUCGGAGGUGGUGUUCAGGAGGAACGUCGUCGUUUGGUUCUGGAACCACGAAAGGUUGUUGUUGACUCAGGAGCGAGUGAGACUCCACCUGUUGUUGAGAAGACGAGUAAGCCUAACCCGUUUGGCGCUGCUAGACCGAGGGAAGAGAUUUUGGCCGAGAAAGGUUUGGACUGGAAGAAGAUUGACUCUGAUAUUGAGGCUAAGAAAGGAAGUUCUCAAACGAGUAGGCCUACGAGCGCCCAUUCGAGCAGGCCUUCUAGUGCUCAGUCUAACAGGUCUGAGAGUUCAGGGUUGAAUAAUGUGGUGAAACCGAGACCAAAGGUCAAUCCUUUUGGUGAUGCUAAGCCUCGAGAAGUGUUGUUGGAGGAACAAGGGAAGGAUUGGCGUAAAAUGGAUAUGGAACUUGAGCAUCGCAGAGUUGGCAGGCCUGAAACAGAUGAAGAGAAGAUGUUGAAGGAAGAGAUUGAAGAGCUAAGGAAAAAACUCGAGAAGGAAUCCAUUGCUCCAGAGAUCAAGGAUUCUGAAAAAGAACCCGGCANUGGUUUCGGAGGCGGCGGAGGAGAUGGUGGGUUAUCUGGAAGAGCUGAUGGUGUUGAUAAUUGGGGUGCAGGGAAAAAGCAAGCAGCACCGGUUAGAUCAUCUACAUUUGGGUCGAGUUUUGGUGAUUCAGGCCGUGAAUCUGACCGUUGGUCCAGAGGAGAAGUAGUCGGAGGUGGUGUUCAGGAGGAACGUCGUCGUUUGGUUCUGGAACCACGAAAGGUUGUUGUUGACUCAGGAGCGAGUGAGACUCCACCUGUUGUUGAGAAGACGAGUAAGCCUAACCCGUUUGGGGCUGCUAGACCGAGGGAAGAGAUUUUGGCCGAGAAAGGUUUGGACUGGAAGAAGAUUGACUCUGAUAUUGAGGCUAAGAAAGGAAGUUCUCAAACGAGUAGGCCUACGAGCGCCCAUUCGAGCAGGCCUUCUAGUGCUCAGUCUAACAGGUCUGAGAGUUCAGGGUUGAAUAAUGUGGUGAAACCGAGACCAAAGGUCAAUCCUUUUGGUGAUGCUAAGCCUCGAGAAGUGUUGUUGGAGGAACAAGGGAAGGAUUGGCGUAAAAUGGAUAUGGAACUUGAGCAUCGCAGAGUUGGCAGGCCUGAAACAGAUGAAGAGAAGAUGUUGAAGGAAGAGAUUGAAGAGCUAAGGAAAAAACUCGAGAAGGAAUCCAUUGCUCCAGAGAUCAAGGAUUCUGAAAAAGAACCCGGCAGUAAUAAUAAUCAAAAUGAUUUACCGGAAAUAUUACGCGGGAAAGAGAAAGAUCUUGAAAUACUAACCCGUGAGUUGGACGACAAAGUCAGGUUCAGACAGAAACCAAUUGAGAGGCCCGGGUCUGGUGCAGGUAGAACAGGAACAUAUUCAGAAAGAUCACAUUCCCGGGCUGGAUCAAUUGAUGAAACUAAGAGUUUUGAAUCCACUGAGAGACCCAGAUCACGUGGUGCCGUUGAUGCCUGGGUUAGACCCGUCGAUGAUCAGCGCAGAAACUUCCAAGGAAGCAAAGAGCCCGGUUUCUUCAGCAACAGGUCGUCCUCUAGGGAAGGUUGGUAAGAAGAAAACGAAGAACAACCAAAUGUGGGAUAUGUUUAACUACUACUACACAGUUCCCAGAUUUUGAAGAAGACUUAGAGAAGCGUUAAUUUCAUUAAUAAAUAUUUAUAAAAACCCUAAUCUUUGUUCUUUUUUGUUGGUUCAUCUUCGGAAUCGGAGCGUCGUUGUUUUUUUUUUGGUCUUCUGCUCAGCGAAGGCGUGUGUGUCAAGAGAAUAUGUCUCUUCUGUUAUAUUUUAAGACUCUCUCGAAUCUUAUUUUUAUAUUUUUUGUAGUUAAUCCUGCUUUCGUAUC